UAGUAAGUAUAGUUCAUUCGCGCUGCAUACAUUCACGAUACAUUUUACAUAAAUAUUUAAUCGAUUUAAUAUUUAUUUCAAAAUGGUAUAUCGCAAAAUAUUCAAGUCGCUGUGUUAUUGCUUAAAAAUUUUAAAUUUGUAUGUUUUAAAAUGCUGAAAAAUAUUUGAGAAUACUUGAAUCCAACUGUUCGUUAAAUAAUGUGAUACCAACUCCACCUCUAAUAAUUUCCAAUUUUUAUUGGAAAAUAAUGAAAGAAAACAAAUUUAAGGCUUUCAUUCCUACAACAGAUCGCAUUGUUUAUUAUAAUCUAGAAGAAUACGAUAGAUUCAUGACCAUCGAUCAAAUUGACGAUUACGGAUGGAAAUAUGCGAAAAAAUGUGUACUAUUAGCUGUAUCGAAUAUAUAUACAGAAGAUCAACAGUUUAUUCAACAAAUGGAGUCAAUAAUUGGUAAUUUAACUGCUUGGCAAGAACAUAGUAAUGAAAACGUUACAGAAUUAUCUAACGGGCAAAAUUAACCCUAUAAACACACAAAUAUACAUUAUGUCAUUACCAAGUACUUUGUGAAUAAAAUAAUAAAUGUUCCAGUCAGAGAAAGAGGGUAUUAUGCAGAAUUCAAAGAUACACUAACAAUAACUUCUGGACAUGAUAACGCAAACAUUAUUGAUACAAUGAACAUUGCAUUUGAAUUACCUGCAAAACGUUUUGUCGAUGAUUUAAAUUGUAAAGUAUAUUCUUAUCCAGCUUUUAGUAAUUAAAAUAUGUGUAUAUCAAAUGAUCGUCAACAAGAAAAGGCUCACACUGAAAUAAAUAUAUAAUAUAAUAGUAUCUAUUACCUCACGACCGCAGUCACUAUAAUGAUAGUGUACCCACUGUAUUAUAUAUUAGUCUUCAACGAAUUGUAUUUACCACAUACACACACAAAUCCAUUAUGACUAAAAUAUUACAUACAAUUAUUAUUGUUUAAAUAUUUUAGUCUCAAAACCAACAUAAUAUAUCUAUUGUUUACAAUUAUACUGUUCACGUAUUGUUUGGUGUGAAUUUUUUAUAUUAUGAUAUUAUGUUGUCUGCUCUGUAUAAAUUUAAUAAAUGAAAUUAUUUUA